UGGAAGACCGCUGGCUUUACGCGAAGCAACGCCGGUCACAUCGCGGACAUCCAGUCUAAGUGAUCAAUCCACAGGAGACAUGACACACAAGCCAACCAACAGUAAGGAAAGCCCGUUCUUUAACUUAGAUUUUCUUCUAAGUCCCAAACAGCGUACCAACAAUUCGGACUUUGUAUCACAAACUGUUGCCGUGUCUGCUGAGCUAUCAGGAGGGCGGAUGAAUGAGUUCUACACUGUUCUGACUGGAGAAACUCUUGGGGUUCAUACGGAAUUCAUUAAAAAACAUACACAUAAUUCUCAGAUUGAAGUGGCGUCAUAUAUGCUAUGUGGUUACAUCCUGGCUUUCUGUCCAAUUGUCUCACGAGCUGGGACUGACAUUGAGGCGGCAAUGCGAGUGAUUCCAGCUGGUAAACCAGUGAUUCUGGUGGUGCUACAUAACACCUUCAACCCAGACAAAACUAUAGUUGAAAGCAGUGGAAUGGUGACCAGGCAGGAUAUAGUACUCACUGUGGACUGCCUGUUCCAUGACGGCAAGCUCUUGAAAUGUCCCCGCAAUAAAGCAGCAUUCAAUGGUGUUGCAAACCUUGUUCGACAGUGGUAUCCCAAGAGAAAAAAUGCUGGGAAAUUUGUGGAGAGCACACAGAGGGCUGACACAGAAACUUCAGGACCUAGCAGAUCAACUCAUGGAGCACCAGAAGUGAAACAAGCAAGGAUGGAACAAUUUGUGAAUAAUAUUUCCCAAAAAGUAAAUUCCCUUGUCUUCAGUUUAAUUGUGGAUGAUGUCCAGGCAUUCUCUCUAUUGGAACAGCCUGCGUUUAGGAAAGUAAUUGAGGGCAUAAGUGGGGGCGAGACUGUAAUGACCCAAGAGACACUGAUGGCUAGGCUUGAAAAGGCAUACACACACAUGAAAGAGGAACUUAAAGCAAAGCUAGGAAAAGUGCAUGCGGUGUGCACAACAGCUGAUAUAUGGACAGCUUCCAAUAGGAAUUUUUUUGGGAUGACUUGCCAUUGGAUCGAGGGCGACGAGCUGGAGAGGAAAUCAGCAGCACUUGCCUGUGCAAGGAUUAAAGGCAGACACACAAAUGACAUUGUUGCUGCUAAGAUACAUGAGAUUCACGUGGCUUACAAUAUUGAAAACAAAGUCCAAGCUACUGUCACAGAUAACGGUAGCAAUUUUGUUAAACCUUUCAAAGAGUUUUCAACACCAAGUGAUGACCAUGAUGAGGCGGAUGACCAAGUUGAUUUUCGGGAUAUGGAUGCUAUUUUUGCUGAAGAGACAGAUGAACACUUGCAUCUAUUUCUACCACCCCACCAGAGAUGUGCAUCGCACACAAUGAACCUGAUAGCCUCCAAGGAUCUUGUGAAAGCUUUGACACAGGGGCCAACACACAAAGUGUACUGCAGUGCAAUGACCAAAUGCUCAGCAUUAUGGAACAAGGUCCACCGAUCACCAUUGGCUGCUGAAGCUGUGGAAGACAUAGGGAAAAUGAAACUCAUUGUUCCAUGUGUUACCCGCUGGAACUCAGAGUAUGAUGCAGUGGAAAAAAUUCUGUCUUUAAAUGAGGCACAACUGGGGGAAGUUUGUGACCGCCUGAACAUUGCCAGGAUGCUUCCCCAUGAGAUUGUCUUCUUGAAAAAAUAUGCUGAGGUCUUCAAGCCACUCGCCUUUGCUCUGGAGCUUCUGCAAGGAGAAAAUAAAUGCUUCUAUGGACUGCUCAUACCCAUACUACUUACUCUGAAGAAGAAGUUAUGCGAGAAGAGAGCAGCAAUACAUGUUUUCUCUGAUGCCAUUGGCACCAUCCUGGCAGCAAUAGACACACACUUUGCCCAGUUGUUUAACAAUCAGGAUGCAAAAAUUGCAACAGCAACUAUGCCACAGUUCCGUUUGUGGUGGCUGGAAGAAGCUGAACGAGAGGACAUGCGUACAUUGUUGGUGUUAGAGGCAACCCGCCUGGAUCCAGGUGAUGACACUCAGUCUGACAGCAGUCCAAAUUCCACACGGUCAGAUGAGGGUUUCUUCAGUUAUGGACCUGGAAACUCCAAUGUCAACAGUGUUGUUGCUGAUGAAGUCCAGAAGUAUCUAGAGGGGACAAAUAAGUCUCUGGACUGCCUUCAUGACUUUCCAAAGGUGAAGAGGCUCUUCCUUAAAUCCAACACCAUCUUGCCCUCGAGUGCACCUGUCGAACGGCUCUUCAGCCAGGGUGGCAACAUCUUUACCCCCCAGAGGAACAGCUUGACAGAUGAACAUUUUGAACAAGUGCUCCUCUUGCGCUACAAUGGCAAACUUAUCCCUUCGGCCUUUGAUUAUGCUUAAACAAAAGAAAUAUAAGAAAAUAUACAAGAGUACACCUGUUAAUACCAGCAUCUGUUUGAAAGGCUAAUUUGAUUUCUAAAUGCUGUAUGUUCUACUGUACAACAACAAUAUAUUACAUCACUCAACAAUAUAUUACUGUGUACAUUACUCCACUCAGGUUGCCAGUUUUGAUAAUGUUUUAUUUUUUAUGAUUUAUAGAUAAUGAUAAUGGAGUAUUCAUUCCUUUUUAUUUACAUUUAAAAUGGAAGAAAGAUUUUUGAGUAAGAGCUCCUCUUGCACAAGUCUUGUUACAAGAGUUACAAGAAAUGCUUUUUUUUUGUUUUGUAAAUGCUGAAUAUGAUAAAUGCAUUUUAUUUGCAUUGAAAAUGGUUUUGAUGAUCAGAGAUUUAAAGAGUAAAUUUGUGGA